CCCCUCGGGCGGGAAGAGGGAAGCGCUGAAGCUGCCUGACUGGAAUGAGGGUAGCUGCGGCAACUGCGGCGGCGGGAGCGGGGCCGGCCAUGGCGGUGUGGACGCGGGCCACCAAAGCGGGGCUGGUGGAGCUACUCCUAAGGGAGCGCUGGGUCCGGGUGGUGGCCGAACUGAGCGGGGAGAGCCUGAGUCUGACGGGCGACGCCGCGGCGGCUGAGGCCGAGCCCGCUCUGGGGCCGGCGGCGGCCGCUUUCAACGGGCAACUGCGGCGGCGGGAGCGGGGCCGGCCAUGGCGGUGUGGACGCGGGCCACCAAAGCGGGUCAAGUUCAUCCGAGAAGUAACACCGUAUAUCAAGAAGCCAUCAUUAGUAUCAGAUCUGCCAUGGGAAGGUGCAGCUCCCCAGUCACCAAGCUUUAGUGGCAGUGAGGACUCUGGUUCUCCGAAACACCAGAACAGUACCAAGGACAGGAAGGUCAUCCCUCUCAAAAUGUGUUUUGCUGCUAGAAACCUAAGCAUGCCGGAUCUGGAGAACAGAUUGAUAGAGCUACAUUCUCCUGAUAGCAGGAACACAUUGAUCCUACGCUGCAAGGAUACAGCCACAGCACACUCCUGGUUCGUAGCUAUCCACACCAACAUAAUGGCUCUCCUCCCACAGGUGUUGGCUGAACUCAAUGCCAUGCUUGGUGCAACUAGUACAGCAGGUGGCAGCAAGGAGGUCAAGCACAUUGCCUGGCUGGCAGAACAGGCAAAACUAGAUGGUGGAAGACAACAAUGGAGACCUGUUCUCAUGGCUGUGACUGAGAAGGAUUUGCUGCUUUAUGACUGUAUGCCAUGGACAAGGGAUGCCUGGGCAUCACCAUGUCACAGCUACCCUCUUGUUGCCACAAGGUUGGUUCAUUCAGGCUCUGGAUGUCGAUCACCCUCACUUGGAUCUGACCUUACAUUUGCUACCAGGACAGGGUCUCGGCAGGGCAUUGAGAUGCAUCUCUUCAGGGUUGAGACACAUCGGGAUCUGUCCACCUGGACCAGGAUGCUCGUUCAGGGCUGCCACACUGCUGCUGAGCUGAUCAAGGAAGUCUCUCUAGGCUGCACGUUAAAUGGCCAAGAGGUAAGACUCACUAUCCACUAUGAAAAUGGGUUCACUAUCUCCAGGGAAAAUGGAGGUCCCAGCAGCAUAUUAUACCGCUACCCCUUUGAAAGGCUGAAAAUGUCUGCGGAUGAUGGCAUCAGAAAUCUGUAUCUGGAUUUUGGUGGUCCUGAGGGAGAACUGACCAUGGACCUGCACUCUUGUCCGAAGCCGAUUGUGUUUGUGUUGCACACGUUCUUGUCGGCCAAAGUCACUCGCAUGGGACUGCUUGUAUGAGCGGCAAAAAAAUCAGAAAAGAGCCUCGAAUGUCACAAGAAGUAUUUCCACCUCAAAAAAAAAAAAAAAGCACAAAAAGAAAGCUCUUUGCUCUCUCCUCCAGCACAGUGCCUUCACAAGGACCUGCAAAUCACCGCUGACUAAACAUUUUUAAAGAGCCUGCCUUUCACAAGCUACCUUGGCUAGAAAUUCUAGGACUCUAAUAAGCUCCAAAAUGAAGCUGUUGAUUUAUUGUCUAGUUUCCCAAUGUGAUUUCUAAGUAAUUCAGCUUAUUUCCUUUGUUAAGAA